AUGGGGGAUAAAGACAGUGGAGCAAUGAGGAGCUGGUAUAAUAUUAUCAAACUUUUUGUUUCAAUCUUUCCAUUUAGUUUUUCUACAGUUCUCCCAUAUGGCAUGGAUGACUCCAAAUAUUGCUCAAAAGACAGUAGAAGAUUGAUAUGGAUAGAGGAAGGAAAGGGGGUGAUUAUAAUUGGUAAAAGUACCCCACCUGCUUCUUCCAUGGCUGCUGCAGUGUGUAAUCUAAUAUUUGGUUCCAAAUCGGACACUAAAAACUCCUUAUUGGUUAAAUUUGAAAGUUUUUAUAUCAAUGACUGUGGUAUUAGUUUAACGUUGAAACAGUCACCUUCCAGUGUUUUUGAUCAAGAUGUUGAACAAUUGGCUAGUUUAUCAUGUGAAAUGCCGACACCACCACCCUUCUACUCAAGUAAAAAUAGAUUUGUCAUGUUUAGUUUAGAGAGAGAAGAUAAAUAUAUGAGAAAUUAUAAUUUUAGGAUCAAUAUCACAAUCACAGAAGGGGCACCACGCUCUGGGCCCUCAACAGCAGUUAUAAUAUUAAUAGCAGUAGGGCUUCUAUCAGCAAUAGUAGUCAUCUCUAUAUUAUUAGUUAAACAUAUUAAAUUAAAACGUGUUGGGAGGGAGAGACGAGCAGAACGUGCACUAGAAAGGGCAAUACAUGUUUAUAAUUCCCAAGAAUUACAUCGUGGUGUGCCAUAUACCACAGUUCCCUCACAUCGUACUUGUCCUACACAUGAAAGGUUACAAUAUGGCUCGAACAAUUCUAGUAAUGGACAUAAUCAUAAUUUAUUAAUAGUACAGAACCAUUCGCGGAGUAAUUCACGGACCAACUCGGAUAUAAACUGUAGUGAAACAGAUAUACAUAGACCAUCAUUAAAUACUUCAGAGGAAAACAGACUAAAUGAAUCAAAUUGUGAAUUUGAUACUGAAUCACUUCCACCUUCUUACGAGGAAGCAUUAGAAAUGCCAAAGCCUUCAUUACCUGAAUCCCCAUUGUAUGCCAAUAUGUAG